UCGGUAACUUCAACUGACAGUAACCGUCUGAGCUCAAACGCAACACCGCCGUUUAAACUUGCGCCCCAAAUAAAAAAUAUUGCCAAAAUGGAGUGGACCCCGAUGGAGAUUAACCCCGAGAUGCUGAACAUGCUCAUGGGCUCCCUGGGAGUGGGUGAAAGCUGGCGCUUUGUUGAUGUGGUCGGGCUGGAGGAUGAGCAACUCUCCGCCGUCCCGAAACCAUGCUGUGCCUUGAUGCUGCUCUUCCCACUGACACAACAGCAUGAGUCUUUCAGGCAGCAGCAGACAGACAAGGUUGGAGGAGACUCUGAGGUUUAUUUCUUGAAGCAGACAGCAGUCAAUUCCUGUGGCACCAUCGCCCUGCUGCAUGCUGUGGCCAACAACAAAAGCAAGCCGGCAUUUGCGAGUGGCUCUGUCCUGAAGAAGUUUCUAGAUGAGACUGCAAACAUGUCUGCCGAUGACCGUGCCAAACAUCUGGAGCAGAACCAGGCCAUCCGUGAUGCUCACAAUGAGGUUGCAUCGCAGGGCCAGUGCAGGCCGGAAGCUGACAAAAUCAACUUCCACUUUAUUGCCUUUGUCAAUGUAAAUGGCCAGCUUUAUGAAUUUGAUGGGAAAAUGAAUGGACCAGUGAAACACGGAGAUACCAAAGAUGACUCCUUCAUAGCGGAUGCAGCCAAAGUGUGCCGUGGAUUCAUGGAAAGAGAGCACGGCGAGGUCCGUUUUUCCUCCGUGGCUCUCUGUCAAAGUUAGAUAUUCGGUAGAACAUAUGACCACAUCGUAAACCAAAAUGUCCUGGAGCGUUCACACAACAAACACAAUCAGCAGACACCCAUUAAUACCUGUGAACACACACACACACACAUCUAUCUGCAGACACUAUGCACUAUAAAGCACAUGAUGUUUCCACAUACUGUACUUUCAUCUCAUGAACAAAGCAUUCUUUAGCACGUGUACACACAAUCGCACCAUCAAAACAUUUUGUUAUGCUGACACUAACUGAUACAAGCUUGUCCAAAUCUCUUUGUGACUUAUCAUUCAGCAAGGACAACUGUAAAACAUGAGGUCAGAUCUCGCCACUGCUCGUGUGCAUUUGUUUGUUUUUUGUGUGUGUGUGUAAUCAUUGGUGCAUCUGUUUCAAACUUAAAUGCUUAAAUACCUUUUGUGCCAAUGAAGAGAAAUAUGAAGAGUGAGACAGAAAAGGCGGAAAACUUCUACGGAGAAAUGUUUUGUCUGUGUCUCUGACUGCCUUCAGUUUGUGUGGUUGAGUUUAUAAGGAUCUGACAUUCCUCAGAACAGCCCAAAUGUAUCCGUAGGAAUAAUUUAACCAUUGUUCGGAACAUGCACGCAACCUUUGAGUGCGCUUCUUUGGUGUCACUCUGACAUUUCUCUGAAAAACUAAGGAUUUCUUUGAGAAGAGCAAAAUUACAGCUGUGGAUUGCUGUCCUCCUUUUUUUGUUUAGUUUCCACAGAUUAGUGAAUACAUUUGCACUUUGUGUGAAAAUGGCUCUUAAGUUAACAAUCUACCAAGGCUCAAAUAGUCAAAUACAGUAUUAGAAAACUUGCAAACACAAAGACCAUCAAAAUAAAGUGCUACUCUAUGUUGGGUUGUUGUCGUUCAGUGCAGGGUGAUAGUACUUUAUGUCUAGGCUGUGCACUAAUUGUUUACCUUUCUGCACUUUCUAAAUACUUGUUGCUGUAGUUCUACUGGUGAUGCAGCUGUGGGAAUUCAAUAAAGCAACCAUUAAACUUG